AUGGAUUUUCUUCCCGAUAAGUACCUGCGCGAGCUGCGUCCCGAUCGCCCAACAUGGCCACUUUCCUCCACCCCCACCACGGCCCCGUCACACCUGGGCGCCAGUCCGCCGGGCUCCUCCUCCUCCUACCAGUCGGCGGACCAUGCCAGGUCGCCUCUCCUGGCACGCUCGUCGAUGAGCUCUUCUUCAUCGACGGAUGCCACUGAGUCGGGCUCGGACCCCCGGCCCCCGGGCUCCUACUCCCCCCUCCCUCCCCAACACCACCACGCGCCGCUGGCCGGCGGCCCGCCGGCCUCCGACACGGCAUACCUGUCCUCCUCCUAUGCCUCGGGCAGCUCGUCCGCCUGCUCGAUCGGCGGGGGCCCGGGCGGCGGCUUCUCCGACCUGUCGUCGGAUGGCGUGCCGACCGCCCCCAACAGCGGCCACGCCUCGCCCGCGGCGCACCUGUCCUCUCCCUAUGACCGGGACCCGGGGCUGGCCGCUCUGGCUGGCGCCUCGCCGGCGCACUCGCCCCAGGUGACCGCCACCGACAGCGACGACCUGGACGAUCUGGACCUCGGCUCGCAUGAUGUCCUGUCGCCGGAAUCGCCGCUCCUGGCAUCGGACACCGAUGCCCUGAAGCAGCGCCCGGUGCACCUGCUCAACCAGCCGGACCCUCAUCUGGAGGGCAUGCUGACGGCCGGGGCCGCCCUCGGCAGCGGGGUGGCCGGCACACAGGCCGCCGCCGCCGCCUCCUCCUCCUCGCGCGGAGGCGGCGCCAAGAAGCGCAAGUCCGGCGGCGCCCCCGGGCCCGGCGGCGGCGGGGCCAAGGCCCCGCGCAAGGGCAAAAAACUCGGCCCCACCGGCAAGGACCCCAGCAAGGACCCGGGCAAGAGCCCCCCCGCCGAUGACGAGGACGACGAGGAUGUCGAUGAGGAUGCCGCCAUCCUCACCAUCCAGGAGGCCGUCUUCCUGGUGUUCUCCUUCUGGCGCGCGGUGGCCUUCUGGGCCUCCAUCAUCCUGACGGCCGGCAUUGCCGGGCUCUACUUCUACUGGUUCCCCCGCGAGGCGGCCCUCUUCCGCUACCGGGCCGUGCCCUUUGACAGCCUGGAGGCGGACUUCGUGGUCAUCACGGCCAAGUCCGACAAGAAGAUCUUCCUCACUCGCCUUGAGGGUCUCAACCCCUCGGCUUUGGUUGACGGCUGGCAGGCGGUCUGGGAUCUGCGGCGCUUCUGCGCCAGCCCGGACACCCAUCCGGCCGUGUCGUUUGCCGCCCUGCCCCGGUCCUUCGUCUGGCGCUACGAGCGCUUCUGGUUCAUCCCCUCGGCCAACCACUGGGCCCGGUGCGGGUUCGUCGCCGACACCGGGCUCGGCCCCGUGUCCCAGGCCCUGGCCGAGCAGGCGCGCGCCGGCGUCGUCACCGGCGACCCGAGCCGCACCUCGGCCGGUGACAUUCACCGGGUGGCCGCUCGGCGCCUGGCGGACCUCGGCUCGGCCGAGUCGGUGGAGCUGGCCCCGCUGCCGGCGCUGACCCCCUGCGAGUCGGCCGCCGGCAUGUCGCCCAUCGGGGCGGCCACCUCGUCGGACAUGCUGCUGGAGCGGCUGUUUGCCUCGUGCUCGGCCUCCCUGCCGGAGGACCUGACCCAGCGCGCGGCCCUCCUGUCGACCCUGCGCGACUUGGUGUACGGUCGGAAUGAGCUGCGCGUCCUGUCGGAGCCCCUCUGGUCGCUCUUCAUGUCGGAGCUGCUCCAGCCGUUCUUCGUCUUCCAGCUGUUCAGUAUCAUUGUGUGGUACACACAGCUGUACACCUCGUACGCCACCAUCAUUGCCAUCCUCACGCUCAUCGGUAUCGCGCGCAACACCUACACGCGUCGGGCCAACCUGCUGGCCGUCGAGCGGAUGGUCUGCACCGAGUCCACCGUGCAAUACAUGCGCGGUGGUGUGUCCUUCGCGGCGGUCAGCACCGACCCCCCGGCCGAUGGCAGCAAGCCCGGCACGCCCCGGGCCACCACCGGGGCCCCGGGGCCGGUGCUGCAAUUUGAGCGCGUGGCCGACAGCUCCGGGCGCCUGGUCCCCGGUGAUGUGGUCAUCCUGGAGCCGGGCAUGGUCCUGCCAUGCGACAUCGUCCUGCUGGCCGGCCACUGCAUGGUCAACGAGGCCAUGCUCACCGGCGAGAGUAUGCCCAUGUUGAAGACCUCGCUGGAGCUGGACCCCGAGGGCCGGGCCUCCUUCGACCCAUCGUCCUCCGGGGCUGGCGGUCGGCGGAUUCUCUUUGCCGGCACGCGGGUGCUGCAGGCCCGGGGGUCGGCCGCUCCGCCGCCCGGGGCGCUGCACCCCCCGGGGGUGGCCCCCUCGCAGGCCAGCAUCUCCAGCGUGUGGUCCUUCAGCUCGGAGGUGGGCAGCGAGCCCGGGGCUCCGCCGGCGCUGCCGCCCUGCGGCAUGGUCCUGCGCACGGGCUUCUCCACCGAGCAGGGCCGCAUGGUGCGGGCCAUCCUCUUCCCGAAGCCCUCCAAGUUCGACUUCACCUCGCAAACGUACCGCUUCAUGUGGCUGCUCUUUGCCGGGCUGGUGCUCGGGUGUGUGGCCCAGGUGGCCAUCUACAUCCGCCAUGGCGAGCACAUUGGCAAGAUCAUCGCCGAUUGCCUGAACUUGGUGACCAUCGCCGUGCCGCCGACCCUGCCGCUGGCCUUGACCUUCGGCAUUGCGGCGUCCUACUCGCGCCUGCAAGCCCGGCACCUGUACUGCACCAACACCGAUCGCAUUGCGGCCGCCGGCCGCGUCAACUGCCUGGCCUUCGACAAGACCGGCACCCUGACCGAGGAUGGCCUGACGCUGCGCGGCGUGUGCGGCGUCAUGCCGGAGGCCGGCGAUGCCGCCGCGUCGGCCCCGAGCCACCGGCAGCCGCUGGUCAUGGCCCCCCUGUCGUCGAACCUCAAUGACCUGAUGGCCGGCGCGCAGGCGGCCGCCGAGGCGGUGGCCGCGGCCAACGGCGCCAGCCAUGGCAGCCGCCACGCCCAGCAGCAGCAGCAGCAGGAGGACCUGCUGCUCCCGCGGGUGGCCUCGUCGCUCAGCGGCCUGGCUCUGUCGCACACGCUGGUGGCCUGCCACUCGGUGGCCCACUUGGAGGAAGAUCCGGAUGUGCCCUCGGGCGCGGUGCCGGUGCCGUCAUCGUCGGCGGCCAUCGCCGCCGCGGCCGCGCGCUCUCGCUCCAACACCCGCGCCUCGGGCAUCUUCAACAGCAACAAUGCCGUGGAGCCGGCCCCGGCGCCGGCCCCGCCACGCCUGAUCGGCGACCCGCUGGAGGUGGCCAUCUUCGAGCGGUCCGGCUGGCAGAUGCUCACCCGGCCGGAUGAGGUGCCCUCGGCGGGGCCCUCCGCCGGGAACCGGGCCACCUCGUCGCCCGGGGCCGCGGCCUUCCUGGCCGCCGGGGUUCUGGAUGCCGGUGGCUACCAGCAGCAGUCGGCCUGCUCGUACAUCAUGAGCAGCAACCAUGGCGGGUCCCCCGGGCCCGGGGGGGGCGCCAUCGGGUCUUCCUCCCUCGGUGUGUACAAUUGCCCGACGCUCAUUUGGCAGCACCCGAUGCUGCCGAAUGUGGCAGAGACGGUCUUCCUGCCGCCGGCUCCGGCCAUGCCGGAGUACCCCCCCUCCGGCCGGCCAUCCAUCAGCGAGUACUUCUCGGACUUCGGGGCCGACAAUGUCGGCGACCUGGCUGCCGACGAUGCUGCUACGGCGGCCAGCGUGCCGAAUGCCCUGGCGGUCUUGCGCCGGUUCGAGUUCGAUCCCGAUCUCCGGCGCAUGUCGUCCAUCAUCCUGGACAUUCCGCUGGGUGGUGGGGUCGCCACCGGGGGGGAUCCGGCCGACCGGACCUCCAUCCCGCGGCUGCUGGUGAAGGGUGCGCCGGAAACCCUGCGGGCCCUCUGCCGGCCGGAGACCAUUCCUCGCGACUUUGAGGCAUCGCUGGCGUCGCUGGCGUCGCAGGGGUACCGGGUGCUGGCGGCCGCGUGGCGGCCGUUGGAUGACCCGGCCGAGGCCGAGGCCGCCAUCAAGGGCGGCCUGGCCGAUGCCGAUCGCGCGCGCCUCGAAUGUGGCCUGCUCUUUUGCGGCCUGCUGGUGUUGGAGAACCGGCUGAAGCGCGAAACCGUGGCCCACCUGGAGGCCUACUCGCGGGCCGGCAUGCGGCUGAUGAUGGUCACCGGGGACAAUGCCCUGACGGCGGUGGCCGUGGCCCGGCGCUGUGGCCCGGGCUUCGUGCGCCCGGACCGGCAGUGCUUCAUCCUCGAUGUGGAGGGGGGCGAUGGGGGCGAAACGUCGCACGGAGCCGGCGAAGCGCCUCGGCGCAUUCUCAUGACCGACUCCUCGGAUGCCGACCGGGUGUUCGACCUGGACGACUUCCUGGCCCAGAGCGGCGAGCCGGUCUUCCGCCAGUACUCCGCCUCGAUGACGCGCCUGGGGGGCUUCACCCCGGCGGCCGGACGCAAGUCGGCCCUGGGCGCCAUGCUGCCCAGCAGCUUCGAUGUGGAUCUCUCGGUGACCGGGACCGCCUUCGCGGCGCUGGUGGCCCGGCACUUGGAGCUGGCGGCGCUGGCGGCCGCGGCCGAGGUGGCUUCGGUCGCGGCCGCGGCCUCCACCACCCCCUCGCUUUCGCGCAUGUCCUCGCAAUUUGACCUGUCCGGCUUGGCCGAGGGCGACACCGGGGAGCACCCGCUGCAGGGUGGCCUGGCGGCCCUUUCCCCGGAUGCAUGCCUGCAGCUGUUCGAGAAGCAGCUCCACAAUGCGGAUGCCCUGGUGCUCGAUGAUGAUGAUGAUGAUGAUGAUGAUGAUGAGGACGAGGGGGAUCGCCCCGGUGGCCGCCGUGGCCCCCUGCCGAAAAGCCACAACCUGGUGGCGCACUACGGCCGGCCGGCCACGCCGCUGGAGCUGGUCCUCUCGCGGGCCGGCGUCUUUGCCCGGAUGUCCCCGCAGCAGAAGCAGUCCCUGGUCCGGCGCUUGCAGGACCUGGGCCUGGUGGUGUGCAUGACCGGCGAUGGUGCCAAUGACUCCGGGGCCUUGAAGGCCGCCGACGUGGGCAUCAGCAUCGCCAGCGCCCCCCCGGCCUCCGGGCCGAUUGACGCGGACCCGGACCAGACGGACCCGGACCAUGCGCACUCCGGCGGCCCGGGCACCGGGGCCUCGACCGGGGGCGAUGUCGACCCGGAGGCCGCCCCUCCGGCGGCGCCGGAGGAGGCCACCGAGCCCACCGGCGCCUCGGCGGCCCCCUCCAUCGCGGCGCCCUUCGCCACGCGGCUGCACCACAUCGGCGCCGUGGCCACCGUCCUGUCGGAGGGCCGCAAUGCCCUGGUGACCUCCUUCUCCCUGUUCAAGUUCAUGUUCCUCUAUGGGUUCGUGCAGUUUGUGGCGGUGCUCCUGCUGUAUGUCAACCUGCUGGAGUUCGCCGAUGUGCAGUACAUCUUCGCGGAUUUGGUGCUGGUGCUGGGGCUGGCGGCGGCCUUGCCGACGCUGCGGACCUCGCGCUCGGUCAGCCGGUCCCGGCCCCAGGGGGACCUGCUGACGCCGGCGGUCCUGCGCAGUGUCAUCGGCCAUGUGUUCAUCCUGGUGGGCUUCCAGGUGCUUCAGUGGUGGUUCUACCGGACCCGAAACCACUAUGUCAUGCCGGACCCCCUGGACCCGGGGUACAGCCCCCUGCGCACGGAGGUCGGCUCGACGCUCUUCAUGUUCUCGGCCUUCCAGUAUCCCUCGGUGGCGGCGACCAUGGCCCAGAGCUUCGGUGUCCACCGCGAGCGCGGCUUCCGCAGCCCCUGGUUCAUGGUGUCGCUCAUUGGCCUGAUCGGGUGCUGCCUGGUGGUGACGCUGGUGGAGUCGGACUUCCUGGGGAACCUCUUCUCCCUGCGGUACACUCCGAUCGGCUACCGGGUGAGCAUCAUCAUCCUGGCGGCCUUCAACAUGGCGGCGCACAUCCUCUGGGAGCGCCUGGCCGUGCCCCGGCAAUCGACCGAGCCCGAGCCGCUGUCCGACACCGACCACCUGAUUGGCCUGCUGAAUGUGCAGGCGCGCCAGGCGGCGGCGGCGGCGGCGGCUGCUGCUGCCGCGGCCGCGGCCGCGGCCCAGCUCGGCGACGAUGGGCACUGCCCGACGGCCGACCCGUCGUCCUCGUAUCCGCGUCUGCCCCGGCCCCCGGUGCCGGACUGGCGCCCGACCGUGGACCUCGGCCUGUCCAAGUGGUUCUUGCGCCGGCGUCACGAGCGCGACCCGACCGCCCCGACCGAGGUCAAGCUGCCGCAGUUUGCCCUGGACGCUCGUGUGGCCGACCAGGUGUUCACCCGCCGCCCGGCCCUGUCGUUCGGCUAUUCGUCCAUCAACUAGUUCGCCGCAGUGGCACUUGCGGCCGCUGCUGGCUGUGUGUGCGCGCGCUUGGCGGCGCCCAUCCUCCGGUGAGAUGUGGGGGCCCAGGUGGGGCGAGGAGGGGCAAGUGUUCCCGCCUUUUGUGUGGGCCGCGCCGCCCUCUCUUCUCUCCCUCUCCCCCGUGUGUUGGAAAUACAUUUUUUUAUCACCGCAACA